GUCUCUAUAGCAACAGGCCGCUUUGCUGUGUUCACUAAUAACUACAUGUUUUUUUUCAUAUUUUCCAAAUAAAUCAGUUUAAAUUAAUAAUCAUCUUAAAAUUAAGGAAUGGAAAUUUUAUCGGCUGAUAUCAUCCAGGAAUUUAAUGAUUUAACUCUCAGGGCAUUAUACGCCUGGAUUGAUGGAAUUCCAAUAAGUAAACCAAAAAGAAAUUUUGCAAGGGACUUUUCAGAUGGUGUUAUGGCGGCAGAGAUUAUUAAGCACUUCUUCCCACUGCUAGUCGAAUUACAUAAUUAUACACCAGCCAACGGUACAAGAACCAAAGAAAGUAAUUGGACAGUUUUAAAUAGAAAAGUUCUUUCCCGAUUAAAGAUUCAAGUCGACCCUGAUUUAAUCCGGCAGAUUGCUCAGUGUAAAGCUAGAGCAGCUGAAAGUUUUCUCUUGUGUCUUAAAAGACGUGUGGAAGCAACUAUGGCCGAAUACGGACCAAAUUUUUCAGUAUACACAAAACUAAAAGCGGAACCAACAACAAAAGGGAAAAAGGCACAUAAUAACUAUAAUGUAUCCAACAAUACUAACAAUCAAUUUGAAAUGGAGCCAAAAAGCUUUGAAAGAGAGAUUCCGAAACAGCAAUUAAUAGAUAAAGAAGAAGAAAUUCGACGUAGAGACGAAACUAUUAAAGUUUUACAAGCGAAAGUUAAUAAACUGGAACAGUUGUUACAGUUAAAAGAAUUAAGGAUUGAAGACUUAACAACGAGACUGAAAAAUACGAAAGGCGUUCAAAUUAUAUAA